AUGAGAGGGUUUCUGCCCUCUGUGUGGACAAUUAAUUCAAAUCCAUUUAUGUCCUCUUUUUAUCCAUUCAGUCUGUCUGCCUCUGAGAGACACACAGCUGGCUGCAGGCAGAGGAGAGAGAGGCCAAACCAAAACCACACCAUCCAAACCAUCAAACCAUCCAAAGCAGAAGCAGCUGACAGACCCAGAGGAGCUGAAGGAGAAAGAGGAACAAUAACAGCCCUGCCUGAGGCCUUGUUCGGACCAACACGGACAGGUAAGUCUUUUACAUUAUAGAAGUAAUCCAUGUUCAUGUGACAGUGUUGUGAAAAUUUACCUGCCUGCACACAGAUCUGAAAAAACAAAUAAAAAGGUUGGCAUGCAUGCUAAGCCAGAGGCCGGCUAAAUAACUGAAGAUCCUCACGAGUCUGCAGCUUUCUUUAACAUGCCCUCCGUUGAUGUGGAGUCAGAUUGACAGUUUGCUGCAUGUUAUUUAUGUAUUUCCACUGGUCACAGUUAUGGUACAACACUGCACUUUGCUGGUGAUAGACUAUUUCUGUGUAAAGCUGUGUAAAAAGCAACACCCAAAGCUGUGUAUAACUUUCUGUCAGUGGAAACACAUCUAAAGUGAAGAGUUUUAAUCAGAGGCUGAAUAGAGCUGAAAUGACUUUUUAUUUUAUUAUUAUUUUUUUUUUUAUGCACAGAUGCCAGUCUGAGAUAGAUUAAAUAACUACACAGGUGUCCCACACUGACAGACUGAGAGGUAAAAACGAGUAUGAUAGGAAUUCUUUUAUAUAUUUUAAACAGGUGAGCUCUCUAUAAGCUCAGGGUUGUUGUCAUCAAUAGAGAGUGUUCUGUAGAGGCUCAACUGGAGGUAAACGGCGUCAUUGGUCAGCUGAUUCAUCAGGCAGAUAACUUAUAUCUUAAAAAUCACUUAGCAUCAUAUUAACAUCAUCUUUUUUUGUAAAUAAUGUUUUGUAUUUUUGUAUCCUAAAUGUAAAACUUUAGUAAAGUCAGACAUUUUAACAUAGAGUUUUAUGGGGACUGACCCCCAUUAGAACACAGACUCUAGUGGACACUUCAGGAACUGUAGUUUUUCAGUUUUACAGUGUGGAUAUUAAAAAAUGACUUCAUUACAUCUCAAUAACAGUGUGUUUUAUUAUGAAUAAAUCAACCCUAACAGAGGCUAAUCAGGUUUAAUGAAUUAAGCUAUUAGCUGGUACUAAACUGUCCUCUGAUGGAGCGCUGAUGCAUCAGAAUACAAAGCAGAGUCUGGGGUCUCCAAUGACUGCAAUUAAGGCUGACCCUCCACUCAUAAAAACAGACUGUAACCCGUUAUUAUCAGAGCAAACCCUCCUCUGUCAGAAAUAAGGAUGUCAGGUCUAGUUUUCUUUAUUCUGCUGCUUUAAAUCACGGCACAAAAAUCAUGUUAACAGUUUUAGAUCCAACACCUGUGUGUGUGUGUGUGUGUGUGUGUGUGUGUGUGUGUGUGUGUGUGUGUGUGUGUGUGUGUGUGUGUGUGUGUGUGUGUGUGUGUACCUCACCUUCCUCUGUGGACUACCCCUAAUAAGAAUCUAAUAGAGCGCCUUUACUCACAAAGGGAGGAUUUGGUGUCUGCCUCUUCAUUUACACAGAAGUCUGAAUCUCUUCAGCUGAGUGUCCAUCACAGCCAUGGCUGGAGUGUUCCUGCCCUUCAGCGUUUCUUUGUUUUUUUUCUCCUGUUUUGGCUUUGUCAUUCACAACAGAGGUUAGAGAUCAGAUUAUUUUAUUUUUAUAUCAAAGCUGCCUAAAGGUCCUUACACACCGGGGCAGACGCAAAUAUAGAACAUGAAAUUACGAAAUAUUCGGAGGUGAAUUUUGACGCACCUGACUAUACACAUCACGCCUGAUGCGAUUUGUGACUUGCCGGGGGGGAAAAAAGACGCGUCCCGGUUGGAAGCGAGAAGACUGACACAACAGCAGACUGACUGUUUUCAGUUCUGAUUAGACACUAGUGUUGAGAUGGCUGUCUGUCAUGAUAGCAUGUACUGAGUCUGAAGGUGAGUUUGUGACAGUGAAAAUACAUAUGGUAUGUUGUAUCUGAACAGGUUAGCUUACAAGCUAAAGUUAGUUAGCACAGAUGAAAGUUAAAACAAAGACGUUUAAAAAAAAAAAAAAAACUGUUAAAGCACACAAACUAUCGUCAUAUGAGAGAUCCGACGCUAUGACUCUCCACAAGUUGUCCUUCAGGUUGUUAUCUUUGCAAUAUUUGUGUUUUUUAUCAAAAAACACACUAUUCUCCGACACGUAAACAAUCAGCCGGUCGGCCAUGUUGGAUUUACCGGUGAAUCAAACAUCGUAACAACACGCAAUUUGAUUGGUCAGAAGUGGACACACAGUAUGCGAAACUUUAGAAAAAUCAACCAUGAUCCGAAAAAAUAAAUGCUGCAAUAUCGCAGGAUGGGAAAACGUGUGAAAGGACCUUUAAUGACAGUUUUCUGUCAGCAGAGCCAUCAAAAAGGCUGUGCUGGCUGAGCUCAGACAUAGGGAUGUUAUUAUUCACUGAAAACACAGACUUUCUUUGUCAACUUUUUAUCCUGCUUCUAUUUAAUUACUGCAUGUUAAUCUUACUCUCUUAAUCUUACUGUCUAAACAAGGACUGUGCUGUACCAUGACACCACAACAGCAAAUCUUAUCAUUUUGAUUUUUACAUAAAAAUACAUUGAUUUUCAGCCACAGAGAAAUGAUUUUUUUUCUUAUGUUUUUGUUUGGUUAAAUUUUUAUCUUGUUGUCUUUUUAACAUGUUUGUUUUUGUUUUGUUUUCUAUCUUUUCUUUCUUAUUUUUGGACAGAUUUUAAUUCUUUUGUCGUGUAUUAAAACUUUUUUUUAUUGUUUUUAAUUUUUUACAUUGUUUAGUUGUUUUCAUUUAUUUGUUUUUUGUUUUAGCUCUUUUGAAUUCCUGUUAUGUUAUCAUGCUGUCAUGUUUUAUUGAGUUUCUUUGUUUUUAUUUUGUACUGUUUUAUGUUUUGUUUAUGUAUAUGGGUGUUUGUUUAUUUGUUUGAUUGCCUCCCCACACCAAUAAUCCUUAGACCUCACAGUGAUGUAAUAUUGGUGAACAGGUGUGUGAUUACACAUCAUAUUGUGCAUGAGAGGCCCAGCCUGCAAACACAGCUGAAACACACACACACACACACACACACACACACACACACACACACACACAGCGCUGUUCCACCCUACCUUCUCUGACACUCCCGUUCCACAUCUCUAACACCUGAGAGAAGAUCAGAGCUGCUGCAGUAAAUUAAAAUCCAGCUAAAAUUAUUGAGUCUGACCUUAACAUAGCAGAGCAGAGGGUUCAAAUCACACAGUGCUCUAACCCUUUCACAAUGAACUGUUCAAAUAUUCAGAAUGUGUGUGUGUGUGUGUGUGUGUGUGCGUGCAUUCGUGCUUGCUUGCGUGCAUGUGUGACUGUUAAGGCUGAACUUCGUAUUUCAGAGGAGUCUGUGUCACACACAAACAUUUAACUGAAGGGAUCUCACCCAAUAUCAGACCUGUUCCUCUCAUAGAAAACACCCCAACCCUCCUUCCACAAACACACACACACACACACACACACACACACACACACACACACACACACACACACACACACACACACACACAACUUCUAUCACCUGAGCGGUGGUGAGAGAGUGAUUCAUUCCUGGCUGCUUUUAUCUGACCUGAGCCAAAUGUCCUACACACUGUGGUCAGACCCGUGUGUGUGUGUGUGUGUGUGUGUGCGUGCCCUCGGUCUUGUUCCUGGCCCUCCUUACAUUCUGUCUCAGAGAUAAGAGCUGCUGUUUCUCUGUUUUUCUAUCAGGAGGACGAGGAUAAGUUGUUCUUCAUUCUGUCAGGCCGAGGAGGACUGUGGAGUCCGACUGAGAGUUCAUUAACUCUGUGAAACCUGGACUGAACAAGGCUGGGACAACACUGUGUGUAUGUGCAUGUGUGUUGUCUUUAUACAAGGAGACUCUGAACUGUUGAGC